AUGAAGUUACCAACAUCAGUGUCAUUGUUCGCAUUAACAUUACUGCAAUGUGUGUAUAACACAGUUGCCAUCACAGUCGAUUUCCAGGAUGAUACCUCGUUAAACAACGCUCUUGCACUAGUGGCGGAUGGUUUGAUGGAUUAUUAUAAUGGUGACCAAUAUGGAGGUACUCCUGGUAUGUUUGUUAACCCAUACUAUUGGUGGGAGGCUGGUGCUGCCUUUGGAAGUAUGCUUGAUUACUGGUUUUAUACUGGUAACACCACCUACAACGAUGUUAUAAAAGCUGGUAUGUUGUACCAGACUGGCAAAAACAACGAUUACAUGCCAUCAAACCAGACCACCACUGAAGGUAACGAUGAUCAAGGAUUCUGGGGUAUUCUUGUAAUGGACGCUGCCGAAAAGAACUUUAGCAAUCCUGAUCCCGACCAAGCACAAUGGCUGUCUCUUGCUCAAGCUGUUUUCAAUACCAUGGCAUCUCGUUGGGAUACUGACACUUGUCAUGGUGGUCUUAGAUGGCAGAUUUUCACUUGGAACAACGGUUAUAACUAUAAGAAUUCGGUGGCCAAUGGAUGUUUCUUCCAUAUGGGAGCCCGACUAGCCAGAUACACUGGAAACACUACUUAUUCAGACUGGUCCGAGAAAGUCUGGGAUUGGAUGACUACAGUUGGAUUCAUCAAUGAAACCAGCGGACAAUUGAUUGACGGUGCUGAUAUUUCGACCAACUGUACAACUCACACUCCAUAUGAGUGGACUUAUAACUACGGUCUUUUCACAGCUGGAGCUGCUUAUUUGUAUGACUUCACUAACGACACUAAAUGGCUGACCCGAGCACAAUUGCUCAUGGAACGUGGCAGCAGCAUCUAUUUUGACGACGGUGUCAUGUUUGAAGCUGCCUGUCAGAACACUGGCAGAUGUAACAACGAUCAGAGAUCGUUCAAGGCCAUUUAUUCGAGAUUCCUUGGUCUCACUGCACAAUUGGCUCCACCUAUGGCCGACCAGAUCAUGAAUCUUCUGUCGAGCUCGGCCGCUGCUGCCGCUAUUUCUUGUAGUGGAGGAACUGAUGGCCACACUUGCGGACUGAACUGGAACGUGGGAAAAUGGGACGGAGUCUGGGGACUUGGCGAGCAAAUGUCGGCCCUCGAAGUCAUGCAAAACACCCGUGCCUUGCAAAUCGCUAAACCACUAACAGCGCAUACCGGAGGUAGUUCAAAGGGAAACCCCGCCGCCGGCUCCGAUUCGGGAACCUCGAACUUCCUCACGAACUCGCUCGACAUCUCAAGCAAAGAUCGCGCCGGUGCCGGUAUCCUGACGGCCCUGCUCGCGGUCGGCAUUGUGGGCACUGGCUGGUGGAUGAUGAAGCAGUAG